GCUGCGGCACCCGCUCGCACACGCGGCUCCGAGUCCCGGCGCUCCCACGCCGUGCGCUUAUCGCUGACAGCCGUCAGCCGUCGAGAUGGCGCCUCUGCUGGACGCUCAGGAGGGCCACUCGGCUGAGAGCAUACGGAAGGGCGUGCAGACACGGCUGUCUGCAGUGUUCGAAGCGCAGGCCUCGCGGUGGCCACCUGCGAGCUCGUCUUUGGACAUUCGGUCGGGCGAGCUCGAGAGCCGCGGGACGUGGCUGCGCACGUGACGUGCACGGCUGGGCCAGCCAUGCUGCCUCCUCCACUCCGCCGCUGCUGGCUUCUCACUCUCACUACCCCGCACUGCUCCCACUCCUCGCUGCCAUGCCGCCCAAAGCCCGGCGCCGUGUGCCGCGACCAUCGCCCUUGCCUGCGCUGCAGGCGCCCGUCCUGGCCAUCGGCCUCGAGGGCAGUGCCAACAAGCUCGGCUGCGGCAUUGUGCGCCACAGCCCCGACGGCAGCGUCGACAUCCUCUCCAAUGUGCGGCACACGUACGUCACCGAGCCCGGCACCGGCUUCCUGCCCGCCGACACGGAGCGCCACCACCGCAAUUGGCUCGUCAGGGUCGUCGAGGAGGCAGUGCGGCGCGCCGGCGUGCGCGUCGAGGACUGCGCUUGCGUGUGCUACACCAAGGGACCGGGCAUGGGUGGGCCACUGCACUCGGUGUCGCUCGUGGCGCGCACGCUCUCCUUGACCUAUGCGCUGCCGCUCAUUGGCGUGAAUCACUGCGUGGGCCACAUCGAGAUGGGCCGCACCAUCACCGGCGCACAGAACCCGAUCGUGCUGUACGUCUCGGGCGGCAACACGCAGGUGAUCGCGUACUCGGCGCAGCGCUACCGCAUCUUCGGCGAGACGCUCGACAUUGCCGUCGGCAACUGCCUCGACCGCUUUGCGCGCAUCAUUGGGCUCAGCAACGACCCGAGUCCUGGGCAGAACAUCGAGAUCGAAGCGCGCAAAGGCAAGCGGUUAUUGCCGCUGCCAUACGCGACCAAGGGCAUGGACGUGUCGCUCGGCGGCAUCCUCGCGGCAACCGAGGCGUACACGCGCGACAAGCGCUUCCGGCCGCUGGAGCGACGGCACGACGCACCGACAGAGGACUGGGGUGCCAAGGCCAACGGCACGACGUGGAGCGGCGACGGCCGACACGUGGUGAGCGCAGAAGAGGCCGACGCGCUGCCGGCGCAAGUCGCCGAGCUGGCGCUCGACAAGGACGCCUCGGAGAUCACGCCGGCAGACCUCUGUUUCUCGCUGCAGGAGCACAUCUUUGCGAUGCUCGUCGAGAUCACCGAGCGGGCCAUGGCGCACGUCGGCAGCAAGGAGGUGCUCAUCGUCGGGGGCGUGGGCUGCAAUGCGCGCCUGCAGGAGAUGAUGGGUGUCAUGGCGUCGGAGCGCGGCGGCAGCGUCUUUGCCACAGACGAGCGCUUCUGCAUCGACAACGGCAUCAUGAUCGCGCAUGCCGGCCUGCUGGCACACCGCAUGGGCAUCGAGACGCCGCUCGAGAAGAGCACCACGACGCAGCGCUUCCGCACCGAUGCGCCGCACGUCACAUGGCGCGCAUGAGUUGCGCGGCCCGCUGCUCGGCUCCACGACUCUGCUGUUCUCUCUCACUGUACGACACACGCAUGCAAUACCCACGCCGACUCUCUCUACGCACGCCGAGC